CCGGAGGCAGGCCCCGCCCCUAGAACCCUGAUACUGCCGGCCUUAAAGGGGUAAUGCCAUCAACCCAAAGGUCCUAGCGACUGCAAUUAAAAGGGCAACACCGUGGCCUCGCAGUUUAACAACGAACUGUCGGCGGUGGGCUGCGUCAACCGUUUUCUCACAGAUCCCUCGAGCCUAGGGGUGCCGCCUUCCAGCGGGCCUGGAGUACGGGGAGAAACAUUCAAAAUAGUGUUCGGAUACUUAAAGAAGAUUACUUGAAGACUUCUUUUGGAAUCUAAAUGGAUCCCAGCAGUGACUACCAUUUUCUCAAUCAGAUUUUGUGGAGAAGGGUGAAACUCACAUUGGUUUGUGGCAUCUUUGAGGGGGUGCUCCAGCAUGUGGACCCUAACAAGAUUAUUGUCCUGAAGAAAGUGAAGAAUGUGGAGACUGGUCGAAGUGUCCCAGGAGUGAAGAUGUUUUUUGGCCAUGAGAUUGUGAACGUGGAACUAGUGGAUGAAGCAGAACAAGGAGCAAUGAGAGAAAAGGCAUCUUCAGUUAGUCUAAAUGCAGAAAAGGCUGGGGUGGAGAACAUGAAAGAUGAAGAUAUAAGUGUGUGUGAACCAGCUUUUCCAGUUUCUGAGACACCAACCACCUCUCUUCUGAAUGACCUCAAGUAUAGUCCAUCAGAGGAUGAGGAGGUGACAUACACAGUCAUUGAUCAGUUCCAGCAGAAGUUUGGUUCUGCAAUGCUCCACAUCAAGAAGCAGAGUGUACUGAGUGUGGCAGCAGAAGGAGCUAACGUGUGUCGUCAUGGGAAACUAUGUUGGCUUCAGGUGGCCACAAAUAGUCGAGUUUACUUAUUUGACAUCUUCCUUCUGGGAAGUCGUGCUUUCAACAAUGGACUUCAGAUGGUUUUAGAAGACAAAAGAAUUUUGAAGGUUAUUCAUGAUUGUCGUUGGCUUUCUGAUUGCCUCUCUCAUCAGUAUGGAAUUUUGCUGAAUAAUGUCUUUGACACACAGGUUGCAGAUGUCCUUCAGUUUUCCAUGGAAACAGGUGGCUUUCUUCCAAAUUGCAUUAGUACUUUGCAGGAGAGUUUAAUCCAGCACCUUAAAGUAGCGCCUAAAUAUCUCAUUUUUCUGGAAGAGAGACAAAAGCUGAUUCAGGAAAACCCAGAAGUGUGGUUUACACGACCUCUUUCACCCUCUUUACUAAAAAUUUUGGCCCUGGAAACUACCUACUUAUUACCUCUUCGCUUGGCACUGAUGGAUGAGAUGAUGUCUGAUCUAACUACCCUCGUAGAUGGGUACCUAAACACCUACAGAGAGGGAUCUGCAGACCGGCUGGGAGGCACAGAGCCUACAUGUAUGGAGCUUCCAGAGGAACUGCUUCAACUCAAGGACUUCCAGAAGCAACGCAGGGAAAGGGCUGCCAAGGAGUACAGGGUGAACACACAGGGACUCCUGGUAAGGACAGUGCUCCAGCCCAAGAAGUCAGUGACAGAGACUGUGGGGAAAGAGGAAAGAAUAAGAGGUUUCUUAGAUGGUAAAAAAUUUAAACAAGAUAAAGUUCUAUAUUCUCUAUCUCAGGAGGAUGUAAAUUUGCUGAAAGACAACUCUAACAGUAAACAAAGUGCCACAGGAUGUCAACUCAUGCCUCCCAUGAAUGAAGAAGCCAGUGAGGAGUGCAGUCAUAAACUCAUUUCCCCUGAGUCUAGGGAUUUGGAGGAACAGAGAAUGACUCAAAAAGGACACCUUAAGAUACCUAACCAUGAGUUGCAGACAAGUUUAUCUUUAAAAGAGGAGAUAGAACAGUUACUGAUGGUAGAAAACAAAGAUUUAAAAUGUACCAAACAGGAUGCUUCUGUGUCUCCUUCACUUUCUCAGGAAACUAAAAUGUAUCCAAGUGGCAUGUGUCAUCCUAGUAGAAAAACUGUAUUUUCUACACUUCCUCCCUGUCCAGCCUUGGAGAAGACUGAUUGCUGGGUAAAUCUUCCAAAUCUGCCUUGAAACCCAGAAUUUAUUCUUGAGACCACAAUAGUGGCUCAUUUCCUCUGCCACCAGGGCCUUCCUCAGUGCUGAAAUUUCUCAUGUAUGUUUAUUUCUGCCUUUGGCCACAGGCUUCAGGAAAAAUUGCUUUUACUUGCUUACUCCUGCAUUCCUGGAAUUUGAUUAGAAUGAGAAUAAAUAAGUUAAAUAAUGAGAGAAGUAAAGUUUUCAAUUAUGUCAUUGUGCAGUAAUGUUUCUAGUGGCCACAAUCAAUUAUUUCUCAUAAUUUGGGCUUAGCGUAUUUGAGAAAGGGAAGAAUCUUGGGCCAAAUAUUUGGAGGAAUCUAUUCAUUUAAAAUUUUAUGUUUCCUUUUGGGGGGGUUGAAUGGGGUUAAUAAAAAGUCCUAGUCACAAGUUUUUAAAAAAUGGGAACAUAAUAACUUUAUUAGUACUUCCUCCCCUUUAAAAAUACUGGACCUAGAGGUGAUUGAAUUGUUAUGUGGAAAACUGAGAAAUACUACACAUGUACAAACUACUGUAUUUUCUUUUGACUGUAAACCAUUAUUCCCUCAAUAAAGAAAAAAUAUAUUUAUUUGUUAA